AUGGCAAUCUCCCUAGAUUUGAGAUUAAUUCAUCUUCCAUUUUUAAAACAAAAAUUGUUUCAGAAUUUUAAUAAAAUGACAUAUUUUGGCGAAGAAAAUCUCGAAUUUGCUUUAAUUGAAGAAAACUCGUCGUGUGGACAAAACAGUACAAGUCAAAAUGAGUUAAAUAAUAUUGACGAGAAUGAAAUUGAACAAGAAAAAAAUUCAAUAUAUGAUGUUGAAAUGAGUGGAAGUGAGGCAAAAUUGAGUGAAAAUGAGGCGUUAAUGGAUUCUAAUGAAAUACAAAUUGUUUGUACAAGUGAAACAAAUGAGGAAGAAGAAGAAAUUGUUAAAAGUUAUGAACUCCCCAUUACAGAAGACUUGUUUGAACAGUGCAACACUUCAAUACUUCCCUACAAAAGAAAAAUACACCCAUUGGGGCCUCUCUCCUCUGAACUAUUAAAACGAGUCCGUGAACGUGCUUCAAUCUCAAAUAUAUCCAAAUUUAAUUCGGCCUUCCAUAGGCCUUGUGGAUCUUCGGAAAAUGAAAAAAGCAAGGAAAACCAAAGGAAUGAUUCUAAGGAAAUUGUUGAGUGGGGAGUAAACUCAGCUUUAUUAGAAUCUUUUCUAGCAGAAAAUUAA